AUGCUGGAGAUGUCCGAAAACCCAAGUCUUGAGGUCUUCACUCUCAUCGGUCACGCCAUUGCAGAUGGGUUCGGGGCUGCCGACAUGUCUGGUGGAGGGAAUCAAGAGACGAUGGUGGAAGAGGUCAAGUCCCUUCUUGUCGAUCUUAUCGAGGAGAAAGCGGUCAAGUGGACUCGAUGGUUCGGUGUCGCCGCGAUGUUCACCACGGGCUGCGAUACCAUCGUUCGGGACAGCCCAGGCGGCCGAGGCCUUACCGAACUUGCCGCAUUCCAGUAUGGCGGCCUCUCGGUUCUGGCUUCAUGGCUCAAAGUGGAUCAAAGACUCCAGGUCCAAGGCAGAUUCGGCUUGCAGUGCGCCGCUGCUUCCAUCGAUGGAAUGUCGGACCACACCGGGUACCUCCAUUGCGAAGGACGCUAUUUUCCAACCGCUCCUACAACAAGCGUGGCUGAUGGAGCUUGGCAGUGGUCCGAAACUCUAGAAGAUGACGAGACCCGGGCCGAAGUGACGUCUGUCAUUUUUCGGACGGGCGUCUCGUCGUAUCGCCUGGUCUUCAUUGUGGAAACAUUUUUGGCUGGCUCGCUGAAAGCCGUUCGACCUUUCGAUCCGUCCAUGGCGCUCCUAGGUCACUGCCAUGCUAGAUGGGCGACCUGCAAUUGCACCGGAGGCGCUACCCACGAAGUACCUAGCACGGGGGCACCCCUCCAAGUUUCGAACUUUGAGACGAUACUCAGCGACUGGGACCCUCUCCGCCGGAGUGGCAUGCAGGCGUCAAAAGCAUUACGCAGCCACCUGAACAUCAACAUAGCCCUGAGCUUAUGCUACAUGGGCAGCGUUCUCCGGACAAAGGGCACCUGUGAGAACUGCGCUGUCCGUGCCGUCUCAGAGUUACCUUCCCCCGAACACCUCGCCGACACGGGUGGUAUACCCCUAAGGAUGAUUACCACGGUUGUUGGAGUUGAUUAUGGUGAUACGAACAGGCUGCUAGGCCCUGCUACUGUAGGGAUAUGA